GCUCCUUGACUUUCGAUUCUGAGUUGAGUGUUCAGUCCACUCUACCUCCAGUCCACUAUCUCUGUCUCUUUCAUUGACCCAGGAGAGGAGACCAUGAGGAAGACAGUGGCAGUCAUUGGAGCUGGGGUCAGCGGCCUGGCUUCCAUCAGGGCCUGUUUGGAAGAAGGACUUGAGCCCACCUGCUUUGAGAAGAGUGAUGAUGUUGGGGGCCUGUGGAAAUACGCAGAUCAUGCAGAGGAAGGAAGGGCCAGUAUUUACCAAUCUGUAUUCACCAACUCUUGCAAAGAAAUGAUGUGUUUCCCAGACUUCCCUUAUCCUGAUGACUAUCCUAACUACACUAACACUGAGGUCCAAAAAUACAUAAAGAUGUUUGCUCAAAAGAAGAAUCUUUUAAAAUAUAUACAAUUUGAGACAGUGGUCACUAGCGUAAAGAAACAUGCCAAUUUCUCAGUCACUGGCCAGUGGGAUAUUGUUACUGAAAAAGAUAGAAAUCAAGAAUCAUCUGUAUUUAAUGCUGUGCUGAUUUGUUCAGGACACCACGUAUAUCCCAAUAUGCCAGUUGAUUGCUUUCCUGGACUAGAAAAGUUUCAAGGCAGCUAUAUUCACAGCCGGGACUACAAGGGUCCAGAAGCCUUCAAGGGGAAGAGAGUGCUUGUAAUUGGCCUAGGGAAUUCUGGAUCAGAUAUUGCUGUUGAGUUAAGUCACGUGGCUUCACAGGUCUUUAUUAGCACAAGAAGCGGUUCUUGGGUAAUGAGUCGGGUUUGGGAUGAUGGCUACCCUUGGGAUAUGGUGUAUAUAACUCGUUUCAAAACCUUUCUCUGGAAUCUCCUCCCUAACUUUGUCUCAGACUGGUUUUAUGUUAAGAUGAUGAACUCACGAUUUAAACAUAAGAACUAUGGCCUGAUGCCAUCCAAUGGAACUUUGAGAAAAGAGCCUGUAUUCAAUGAUGAGCUGCCAGCCCGCAUCAUCUGUGGGGCAGUAUCCAUCAAGCCCAACAUAAAGGAAUUUAGAGAGACAUCUGCGGUGUUUCAGGAUGGGACGGAGUUUGGGCCCAUUGACUCUGUCAUCUUUGCAACUGGCUAUGGUUAUGCCUACCCUUUCCUUGAUGACUCAGUCAUCAAAAACAGAGACAAUGAAGUGACACUCUAUAAAGGCAUCUUCCCUCCUCCUCUUGAGAAGCCAACCCUGGCUGUGAUUGGCCUCGUCCAGUCCCUCGGUGCUGCCAUCCCCACAACUGACCUACAAGCCCGUUGGGCUACUAAAGUCCUUACAGGUUCUUGCACUCUGCCUCCUUUCAGUGCCAUGAUGGAUGACAUUGAUGAGAAAAUGGGAAAAAAGCUCAAGCGGUUUGGCCAGAGUCAGACUUUACAGACUGAUUACAUCACAUAUAUGGAUGAACUCGCUUCCUUUAUAGGAACAAAGCCCAAUGCAUUGUGGCUUUUUCUGACAGACCCCAAACUGGCAGUGGAAGUUUACUUUGGCCCCUGCAGUCCUUACCAGUUUCAUCUGACUGGGCCGGGGAAGUGGGAUGGAGCCAGAAAUGCCAUCUUGACCCAGUGGGACCGGACAGUCAAGCCAACCAGGUCAAGGAUUGUCAGUGGUGCCCAGAGACCACAACCUUUUUUCCAUUUGCUUAAAAUACUCUCCCUCUCUAUGCUCCUUCUAGCUGUUCUGUUUGCAUAUCAUUAAUAGCCAAUCACUUCCAAGGCUUAUAGAGCAUUCUCAAAGGUUAACAUCACCAUCUCUGCAAAGAAUAAUCCAAACAUUUUGCAAUAUGCUAGCACUCCUUCUGGUUGAGAAGAUACUACUGGGGUAGCCGUCACAACUAUUACCCCUAGUUCAAUCAAUCAAUCAAUCAACAUGUAUUAGGUGCGUGGGACAAAGAGCUCAUACUCAGAUUUCCAGCCUUUUUUUCCUUUGAUUCCUUUCUUAUAGAUUUAGCAGCUAUGCCAAGAACCUAAAAGAAAUCAAGCGGAGACUAGUAAAAAGUGGAUUCAUAAGAAAUUUAUUGUACCCUGCCUCUUGUCUUCACUUCUUUUUUUGUUUGGUUUGAUGGGGACUGUGUUUGGAAAUAGUAAUGAGGGUAUCUACCCCAAAGUUCGGUCCUGUUUUGCAGGCUUGUCAUACAGCCUGAUGGCAUGGGUGGUCACUCCAGUGUGGUCAGGAUCACAAAAUCAUAGGUUUAUGAUUAAGAACCUUAAAGGCCAUCUUGUCCAGACCUCUCAUUUUACAGAAGAAGAAACUACAGUCCAGAUCCAAACACAAGUCCCCUAAUUCCAAAUCCAGCAUACUUUCUCAGAGGAAAAGAGGGGAAAUGUUAAACGAUGGCAAGCA